CAGCACUAGAGGAAUCGAUUUCUGAAACUUCUGAUAAUCUAAAAAUUCAUAUUGAAAUGACAUGUUGCUAUUUUGAACUUAUUUACAUGAAAUUUUAAAAUAUAUUCAAUGAAAACUGAUUGACGUGAAGACGUGCUUUCUAAAUCUAUGGUUGUGCUAAGUACUGAAGUUAAAUUAAUAUGCAUUUUUACAUUACAGGUAUACAUUAACGUUGGCAUAAAUUAGUACAUCUAGUCAGAUCCCUGAAAUUAAUUUUAGAAUAUUUAAGUAUAAUAUUUAUUACCUAACAGCUGUGUUAGUUUUAUUUGCUCGACCCUGCAAACGGAAGUAUUUUAUAGUAAUAAGGAUAUUUCUCGAUCCUAGUCAGAAUAAAGUACUUAAUAGGGAAAAUGCAAUUUAAUGUAUUUUGUUCCUGUUUGAAAUAAUUGCUCAGCAUUGAUUUUAAAAUUAAAUGGUACAACUAGUCUGAAAGAAAAGCGUUAAACUGUCUUCCUUCAUAAGAUACCGGUUAAACAACCGAUAUAAUCUCACAUUCUGCAGCAUUCAACUCCAUAAACCAUCUUAAUUUUCGCUGACAGUCAACAACUUUUAAUUGGCUUAUAAGAAGCAUUUAAGAAUUCUAAUGCAAUUCGCUAAGUGGAAGUAUAGUUAGCCUUCAUCUUCGGAAAAAUUCUGAGGACAUAACAGGUUCAUAACACGUUAGCAAUAUGUAUAGGUACUUUCUUCUGUGGAUCAUUCCCUCACUUACGACUUCUUGCCUCCUCUUGCCAGAUGAUGCCAAACCGAAAGGCUUGGAGGAAAGGGCACUGGAUUCGGAAGUAGUUCUCUCUGCUUAUACGAGGGCAGUAUACAGGAACGAAAAUGACUCAACUAGUUACAGCGCAAAUUUUAUUGUCAUUAAUGUGUUGAAAGGCAAAGAUCAUGUACUGGAAGCUUAUCAACAGAGCAAGCCUUCUCAGCUUGAAAGAGAACUCAACAUGAGGAUUGUGAACGUUACAAAUUUCGGUGAUCCUACUAAAUGCCAAUCCCAUGUAAGAGCAGGCGAAACUUACAUUCUGUUUUUGGACAUAUUGGCAAAUGGGCAUUUAUCCGCCAGGUAUGAUGGUGUUUAUGGGCCAGCUGUGGUCUAUUCAAAAGAUAAAGAGCUGGCUCUCGAAGCUAUUGUUCUCGCAGCUUGCGGAGUGAACAGGCGUUGCAGAGCUAUAAAUGAUACUGUCACUACUUCACUGCCUAUUGAAUUGGAUGAAGGUUCGAGUCCCUGGGGUGAAUGGACGCCCUGUAGCGGGAGUUGUGGCGGAGGAAUUCAGCAACGGAAGCGUCACUGUGAAGGCAGCAAGAAAUGCUCGAAUGAAGAUGGCCAGCAAAGAACAUGCAACAUGUUCCGGUGUGCCGGAAAUCUAAAUGUCUUGGAGGCCGCUGGAGUGCACAGAUCAAAUCUCCGCCCAGCCAGUCGUCCUACUGCCUAUACGCUGCUACCUAGCGGUUCAUGGAGUUCUAAAGAGGAGGAGAUUAUUUUCCCAAGGACAUUUCCGUGGGAAUUUUCUCUCCUGGUGACUGUUCGUAUUAGACCCGCUUCGUCACCUGGAUUUUUGCUUCGAGUUCUUCACUCAGGAUCAUUGCAGGUGGGACUUUACAUCAGCGAUACGCUCACUUUGCUUCUGUCAGACAAAGACGACAUCAGAGUGAGUUUCGUAAAGUCUUUGUUCGAUAACCAUUGGCAUCAAAUGGCUUUCAGCGUUCGAAGGGACACUGUAUCUUUCUACUUGAACUGUGAAUUCAAUGGCAAGUUACCUUUACCUGGCAAGAUAAGACCUUUCGGUGGAAAACCAGCUACGAUCAUUAUUGGAAGCACUGGAACUGAUGAAAGGGAGGCUUUUCAGGGUGACAUAGAACAAAUUACAAUCACUGGUAGCCCUGACGCUGCUGAAAAUCAGUGCAAUGCAACAACGCAACCAUUGAGUACCCGAACAAGAACCUCUGCCUCCUUACAUAGUGCACAGAAUGACCUACCUGUUAGAGGUGACAUCAUCCAUGAUGCAGACAUCAUCAUCGAUGACGAAGACGUUCUCGAAGAUUUGGGAUCAGGACAUAGAGGAAUGAUACCUGAUGAAAACUACGAAGAAAAGAAAGAUUCUCCCAAACUCUUGAAGCGUAGAAAAGAGAUUCCUUUGAAAGAGGAAGUGUCGAUAAAUGAGGAUGAUGAAAAGAAUGACAAGGAUGAGGAUGACGAUGAUAGUGAUGACAUUGAUGUUGAUGAUGAUUAUGAUCAAAAAGAAGAUAGAGAAGAUGACAGUACAGAUGAAGAUAACGAAGAUAUUGAAUAUGGUACACAGGAAAACGAUCUUGUUGAUGAUCGUAAGAACAUCCAAACAACUAAACCGGACUACAAGAAAGAUUUUGAGUAUGGUCCUCCUGAUGAAGAUGCUGAGACGGAUGAUGAUCAGUUUGAAGGGUCGGGUGCCGGAGAAGAAUUCGUUCUAGCUUGGUCUGAAUGGUCCCCUUGCAGCAGUACCUGUAACUGGGGAAGGCGGACCCGAACAUCUUACUGUCUGGACAAUGGCCGUAAUUUGGAUAGUUGUGCCAAAUUAAGUUCCAGAAGAUCAGAAACCGAAGCUUGUUUUGUUAGGUUAUGCCCAACGUCCACCACUUCAACAACAGCGAUGCGUAGCUUCCUGCCAGCUAUGAAUAAUACAUCAGUUUCCAUCAAAGCAGAAUGUAAAGUGCAGUGCAUGAACGGCGGAACUUGCAAACCUCCAUACAUAUGUCAUUGCGCAAGAGGAUAUUACGGAAGCCUGUGCCAGUACGUGAAGCAUUUAUGUAGAGUAAAUUGCAAAAAUGGAGGAAUAUGCCAACCUCCAGCCACCUGCAUUUGUCCUAAAGGUUUCUUCGGGAACGAAUGCCAGUAUGGUUGUGGAAUGCCUUGUCCUCAGCACAGUACUUGCCAGCAAGAAACCAACUGCAAGUGCCCUCCAGGGUAUAUUCCUCCAACCUGCACAGCUUUGUGUAAGCCUCAAUGCCUGAAUGGUGGCGAAUGUGUUGCGCCGAACAAAUGUCGGUGCAAAUCUGGUUACGUUGGAAAAUCAUGCCAUAAAGCCAUCUGUUUGCAAGGGUGCAAGAAUGGAGGAGAAUGCGUCGCACCCAAUAAAUGUGCAUGCAGGUCUGGCUUCACCGGAAAAGACUGCGGUCAACCCUUUUGUGAUCCAGCCUGCCAGAAUGGUGGAGAAUGUGUGAAGCCCUACUUCUGCCAUUGUCCUACAGGAACCAAAGGAGCUUUUUGCGAAAAACUUUUGUGUAAACCGGAGUGUCAGAAUGGAGGCAUAUGUAUCGGUAUUGGAAAGUGCUCGUGCCCAAAAGGCUAUGGUGGAUAUUUAUGUGAAAAAGCAUAUUGUCCCGGUGGCUGUCUGAAUGGUGGAAAAUGUGGAAAGACUGGAAAGUGUUUCUGUCCGUCCGGUUACAGCGGACUGCGUUGUGAGAUAAAGAAGCCAUGUAAAUUCGUUGAAGUGAAAGAGCCAUACAAAAGAGGAUAUAAACAAAAAGUAACAACUCAAGUCAAAGUGCCCUGUGGAGCAUGGGACUGGAAACUAUGUACCAAAACAAAGGUCCAUUAUGAAAUGGUAUACAAGACAUUUUUCAGGACAUCGUAUGAAUGUGAAGGUUUAAAGAAGAAAUAUCCGGACUAUCAAAAAUUAAAGCACGGAUGAAGAAAAAAACCGAAUUGUGAUCAUUGUAAAGCAUUCACUUGUCAAAAUUAGCUGUUCAUCGCACAUUAUCCCAUGUCUGUUUGCCAUUCGAAUAAAUAUCUGUUUAUCUCCUG